UAUGGACGGUUGCUCUGGUGCUGGUGGGCUGGGCGAGUUGUUUUCGAUAAACGCCGCGGUUGACAGGUUGCAGUCAGGUUGCAGUGCAAGUGGACAUCUUCCCGGCCCGCCAUUCCCCUGGCCAUUCCCCGUGUUGUUCCGUGGGAACCUUCGCCCCUCUUCGCUCCGUUCUCAUUACGACAAAUCGCAACAGCAGCAGCAGCCUACAUACCACGACAUCCUUCUCUCUCCCUCCCUCCCUGCUCACUCCCUGCUCCACCUACAGUUCGACCGUCUUUUGCUCACCCCCACGACUUAAUUCGGACCCACCUUCUCACAGCAACCCCCACUCCCACUCCUCGCUCCCUCGAACGUCGUCACACACACACGCUGAUACACCGGGCUUGGAGAAGUAUGAUGCGGUUUAGGACAACGGGGUUCAAUGGCUAUGCGGUGCAAUACAGCCCCUUCUUCGAAAACCGGCUCGCAUGCGCCUCUGCGUCGAACUUUGGGAUUGUGGGGAAUGGCCGGCUAUGGGUGCUUGGGAUCGGUGCGGGGCCGGAGGGGAUCGAGUGUGAGAAAGUGUACGACACGCAAGACGGCCUCUACGACCUCGCCUGGAGCGAAGUGCACGAGAACCAGCUCGUGACGAGCAGCGGGGAUGGGAGUAUCAAGUUGUGGGAUGUCACAUUACCUGACUUUCCAAUACGGAACUGGGCGGAACAUACCCGGGAGGUGUUCACCGUCAACUGGAACUUGGUGGAUAAGAGCACCUUCGUGACUGGGUCAUGGGAUAACACCAUCAAACUGUGGUCCCCGGAAACCCCCCACUCCCUCGCAACCUACACCGAACACACCCACUGUAUCUACCAAACCCACUUCUCCCCACACACCCCCACAACGCUCGCCUCCGUCUCCGGCGACCAAACUCUCAAACUCUGGGACACCCGUUCCCCGCACAAAUCCACACACACGAUCCACGCCCACAACGCCGAGAUCCUCGCGCUGGACUGGAACAAAUACAUCCCCAACACACUCGUCACCGGCUCCGUCGACCGCUGCUGCAAAGUGUGGGAUCUCCGCUUCAUGGAUCGUGAAAUCAUCCUCCUCCAAGGCCACGAAUACGCCGUUCGCAACGCUAAAUGGUCACCUCAUCACGCGAAUGUGUUGGCGAGCGUGGGGUACGACAUGACGAUGCGGGUGUGGGAUACCGACCGUGCAAAGGGGGGCAGGGAUCCCGCGAGGGGGUGUGUGUGGGUGCAUGAGGGGCAUACGGAGUUUGUGGUCGGUGUGGAUUGGAGUAUGUGGGGGAAGGGCGUUGUGGCGACCUGUGCGUGGGAUGAGUGGGUGAAUGUGGUGGGGGUGCCGGGCAUUGCGUAGGUUCUUUUUUUUUUAGAUUCGGCGAGGGCAAGAGCUGCAUAGGAUGUACUGUAUAUAGGCUGGCUGUCUCGUACUCUGUUCCCUCAUCAUCACAUUCACAUAAUACGCCAUUCCCCGUUCAAAAAUCACAACGAAUCUGGAGAUAUGCGGAACGCUUCGGAACGCAAGAAGUGCCUUCCGAAUGAAAUCUGACCCUCACACACACGAACAUCUACAUGGAGACGUGGA